AUGCCGACAGAUGCUUUUAUGAAAUCGAAUAUUCUUCAAUGGAGUGAUUGGUCUACAUCAGAACCUGUUGUUUCUCAACAACAGCAAAAACCGCUCGACAAAUCGAGCAAAACUGGUAAUGUUACUCUCCGCUGGAAUACAACAGGCAUUACAAUCGCUGGUAUUAUGAAUCAACACGGAACGGAUUCCAAUCUAUUGGAUUGGCCUAUCAGUCUAGCAAUCGAUUCAUCAAAUGCACUAUAUAUUGGCGAUCAUCUCAACCAUCGAGUUCAAAAAUUUUUAUCAGGUAUAUCAAACGGAACGACUGUCGCCGGACAGUCAAGUGGAGCACAGAAUAGAACUCCGACAAGUUUAAACUUUCCUGUCGGUGUAAUAGUUGAUUCUAGUGGAAAUCUUUACGUAGCAGACUCCGGAAAUUCACGAGUUCAAUUAUGGGCAAGUGGAGCAUCAUCAGGAAGCACAGUUGCCGGCAAUGGUACUGCAGGUACAUCAGCCAAUCAACUAAAUGUCACCUACGGCAUUGCACGUGAUCCAAGCUCCAACACGCUUUAUGUAGCUGAUUAUGGUAAUCAUCGAAUUAUGGCUUAUACCUCAAAUGCAUCUUCAGGAAGUUUAGUUGCCGGAGGCAAUGGAAUAGGACUGAAUAAAACGCAGUUGUAUAAUCCUUCAACUAUUUAUUUUGAUUCUCCAUCGAACAGUCUUAUUAUAGCCAAUCGUUAUGGGCAUAAUAUAGUUCGUUGGACGUUAGGUGAUUCUCAGUGGACACUAAUUGCUGGAAGUACUAAUGGAACGCAGGGUAGUUCAUCGACAUUACUUAACUCUCCUUUCGGUAUGACAUUAGAUCCAAUGGGAAAUGUGUAUGUGGCUGAUACAUCCAAUCAUCGAAUCCAACUAUUUAUGGCAGGACAGCUCACUGGUCUCACAAUCGCGGGAUCGGCAGGAGCACGCGGCAAUGAUUCUAACCAAUUUUGGGCUCCUUAUGCAGUAGCAUUAGACAGCCAACUAAAUUUAUACGUUGCAGACAGAAAUAAUAAUCGAGUACAAAAGUUCCUACGUUAUUAA